CCACAUUUCCUCGGCCUCUUAGAGAGAGAGAGAGAGAGAGAGAGAGUGUAGCUUAGAGAGAGAAAAUGGUGUCGGGCUCAGGCAUAUGUGCGAAGCGAGUAGUCGUCGACGCCAGGCAUCACAUGCUUGGGCGAUUGGCCUCGAUUCUCGCGAAGGAGCUGUUGAACGGGCAGAAGGUGGUCGUCGUUCGAUGCGAAGAAAUCUGCCUCUCCGGCGGACUCGUGCGCCAGAAGAUGAAGUACUUGCGCUUCCUCCGUAAGAGGAUGAACACCAAGCCCUCCCACGGCCCGAUUCAUUUCCGCGCUCCCUCCAAAAUUCUCUGGAGAACUAUUCGUGGUAUGAUCCCCCACAAGACCAAGAGAGGAGCAGCUGCACUUGCUCGUUUGAAGGUUUACGAGGGUGUUCCUCCACCAUACGACAAGAUCAAGAGAAUGGUCAUUCCCGAUGCUCUCAAGGUUUUGAGGCUUCAAGCUGGACACAAGUACUGCUUGUUGGGCAGACUCUCGUCUGAAGUCGGAUGGAACCAUUACGACACUAUCAAGGAGUUGGAGCAGAAGCGUAAAGACAGAGCUCAGGCUACGUACGAGCGUAAGAAGCAGUUGAUCAAGUUGAGAGUUAAAGCUGAGAAGAUUGCUGAAGAGAAACUCGGUGCUCAACUCGAUAUUAUUGCUCCGAUUAAGUACUGAAAACAAGCUACAUUGUAGUACCUUUUUUGAAUGUGUCGAUUUUGUUUGUCAAGGAUAUAUUUGAUGGAUUCUCUUUUGUUAGCUUUUAAGUCUAUUCGGGUUUUCUCAACUACAUUCUGCGGAUUAUUUUUUUACCUUAACUUCUGUUUUGUUCUUGAAAUUGCCAUGCUAUAUUUGUUUCUUAUUUUAUUUUU